AUGUACGGACAACAAGCUCUCCUAUGCCUCGCUGGCAUCCCCUUGAUCCAGGCUCUACCUCCACCCUCUGCUGGACGGGAAAAGUUCGACUUGGACUCGACCAAAUACAUGCUCGCCUUCGGGGACUCCUACACCUACAUCCAAGGGACACACGGCCACCAAAACUACAGCUUCAUCGGAGACCAACUAAACUUCGCGUACGACGCGCACACGCUGCUCAGCAACAAGAUCGUCCAAAACCAGACCGGCACCGCAGAAGGCGGUCCCAACUGGGUCGAAUUCCUCACAGGAUGCGGUGCGAACGAAGGCCUGACCUCGCCAUUGAGCUGUGACCGACAACUCUGGGAUUUCGUCUACGCAGGCGCCGACAUCUCCCACACCCCUCCACCACAAACUAUACCAUCUCUCUUGGGUCACCAAAUCAUCCAGUAUAAGGACUACGGGUCAUCCCAUCCUCAAAUGCAUCGUCAAACCCGGUGCAAAACCCUCGUCGCGAUCUGUAUCGGCAUCAACGACAUCAACGACAGCGCCAAAUACGCCGUGCACUUCCCAACCUUCUACAACGACCUGAUCGCCACGCUCUUCGACUCCGUGCGCCAGCUGCACACCCUCGGCUACCGCUCCUACCUCUUUAUGAACCUGCCCCCGCUCGACCGCACCGAGCGCAACCAGCAAGCCGCCGUCCCAAGCCCCAACGCCACCCAGAUCGCGUGGUUCAACGCCGCCCUGCAGCAGCAUGCGCACCGCUUUGCGCAGUCCCACCCGCGCGCCAGCGUCAUGGUGUACGAUGCCCACGCUGUGCUGGCUGAUAUGAUGGAUCAUCCUGCGCAGUAUGGCAUCGUCAACACGACACACUUUUGUCGCGGGUAUGACCAGCCCGAUAUCGCGUGGAACUAUCAGGCCUAUGGGUGUCCCACGCCCGUGGAUACGUACUUUUGGUUCAAUUCGGGGCAUCUGACGAGCCAUGUGCAUAAAAAGCUCGCGGAGGCUCUGGGGGAGACUCUGGCUGGUUGGACGGGCUAG